AUGGGUGCUGCAGCAGGGAAAGCCGUCGAAGACCAGGCAUCUGCUGGUGGGGCAACAACGCGAGCGGAGGACCGGAUGGCCGUCGCUGAGCGCGUCAUCCUCGAGUUGGAGCGCCGCCGCUCAUCCGGCGACGGCUCCGACGUCGGCAUAUGGGACGCGCAGGCGACCUGCACCAACUCGGGCCUCCUCGCCGCGGUCGACGAGAUAGUCUUCCUCAAGGAGAUGCACGCGUUCCCCACGGCCUCCGCCGCCGGCCGCCGCAUGGACGGCGCCCUCCGGGCCGCCAUGUCGUGCCUCAUGGAGGAGUUCCUCAGCCUCAGGGUGUGGGACGGUUCCCAGCUCGAAGGCAGGAGCGGCCUCCGCUUCGCCGUCGACAAGCUCUCCGUUUCCGUGGCAGCGGCCCGUGGCGCGUCGUCGUCGUUCGCCUUCCUAACCGGCGGCAGCACGGCCAGCACGGUGAGAACCAGCACGGCCGAGUUGAGCUCCGGCACCGUCGACGAGCUGUACGCGUCCGGCUCCGGGAGCCAGCCGGCCGGGCCGGAUGUCUUCUCGGACGGGGAGUUUCCGGAUGAGCUCGACCUGAUCUGCCCGGCGAGCUUGUCCAUCCUCCAUGAGAUCUCACUGCGUGUCAUCCGUGCUGGCUACACGAAGGAGCUUCUCCACACGUUCGCCAACGCUCCCUGCGAAGUUUUAGACAGGUUCUUGUCGAUUCUCCAAAUCCAAGUAGGAUGCUCUCCAGAGAUCGAGACCGACGAGUCGAUCAGCUAUGAGAACGCCGAGUGGUGGACAGCGGAGGACAUGAUCCGGCGGUGGAUCCUGGCGACCAAGCUGGUGGGGAAGGCCCUUGUCGCUAUGCAAACGCAGCUCCUCGCGCAGAGCAACGGCGCCUUCGACAGGUUCAAGAAUGACUACCUUAUGGCCAUGGCGAAGCGGAGAUCUUAUAUCCUGCUCAGGUUCGCAGACGGAUUCACCAGCACGCGCUCGCCGGAGAAGCUCAUGUACGUCCUGGAAAUGUACGAGGUCCUUGGCAGCGCUGUCCCGGGGCUCGUGCUCGUGCUCACCGGGCAGCACAAGGAGCUCUUCUCCCGGCAGGUAGAGGUGGUUCUCGCCAAGCUGGCGCGCGCGCUGAGGGUCAUGAUCGGCGGCGCCGUCACCAAGGUCCGAGCCGGCGUCGGCUCAGGGACGCAGAGCGAGACGCGCGGGGUCGGCGGCGGCGUCCAUCCGCUGACGCGGUACGCCGUGUCCUGCAUCGAGUCGCUAGCACCGCACCGCGGCGCGCUGGAUGUGAUCCUCGCGAGCACGGGCGGCAUCCUCGAGGGCGUGAACUCGUUCGGCGAUCUCUUCUCGGAGCUAGUCGCGUCCCUGGAGCCCAAGCUGGAGGAGAUAUCCGCCCUCCGUGGCGAGGAAGGAGGCGGCCUGCGGCACCUCUUCGUGGCCAACAACACCAGCUUCGUGCUGAAACGCGCCGGCGUGCUCGGGGGAGACGACGAGUGGACCGCGUGCCACCGGAGCCGAGUCGAGCAGCACAUCACGAGCUACAUCGAGGCUUCCUGGGCGCCGGUCGUGGCCUGCCUCGAGGCCGGCAAGCCCGCCACCAAGGCGCUGGCCAAGUUCAACGCCGCGCUCGAGAAAGCAUACAACGGCCACGUACGCUGCGAGGUCUCGGAUCCCGAGCUCAGGGCGGCGCUGCGGAAGGCCGUGUCGGAGAAGGUCGUCGCUGCUUAUGGCGCGUGGCUGAUCGAGCACCCCAAGCUUGGCAAGUCUGCCAGGUACACGCCCGAUAGCCUGGCCGGGUUGGUGUCAGAAUUGUUUGAAGGAGAGGACGCAGCGGCCAGAUAG